AUGGUCCAUAGGAGAGUAAACACGAAUUUCCUGCUCUACAAGAUGCAUUUGGUGGAGGAUAGCGGUUUGAAAAUAUAUUUCCUUCUAUUACGACGAUUUUAUGAUACCUCAAGACUCGUCUUUACUGCGCCCCGCCGCCAAUAUGGUCAAUCAGCGACCAGCAAUUAUGACACCAUAGGGUUUCGAAUCUACUAA